AAGUGGGUUUGUCCGCACGCGUGAAUUCCGUCUCGCACGAGGCAUGUCUACUUGCUCUUGCUCUGAACCUUUUGAGCCAGCGACAGGAACAGGAUUCGUGUAACUCGUGAAACAGAAGUGAUAACAGAUACAUACUCGUGUGUGACUCCUGGGAGCCGAAUUGGAUUUUCGAUACGAUAUCUGCAGCCCAGAUAGGAAUGUCCAGCGACCUAUGUAUAUACUGAACUCUGACUCACUCAGGUAGUCACUCACUCCCAGUUCUUUAGCUGAAUCUUCUGCUUCUGCACAUCGGUCGAUCGAAUGACUGCGACAAGGGGCGUAAUUAGUCUGCCGGGUUCUCCUCUCUCGCCGCCAAGUGGUCGCUGCCCCUGGUCCUCCGGCCUACCAUGCGGGGUGCUGCCCAUGCGGCCGAGCAGAUCUCUCCGGCCUACCGUCGCCACAGUGGCCAAGAAAAGGCAGCUGGAAGUCGGAGAAAAUGCUGCAAGUUUGCAAAACCGGCUGUUAGGAGUAAUAAAUGGCAUGUAUCAGAAGAAGGUUAGCGAGACUAUAACGAAGCAGCAGCUCCAGGAACCCGAACCGGCGCCAUCUUCCCAUGACACGGCAGGGGUAGCUACGGCGGCGCGCUUGCCUUUGCCUGCCUCCCCUCAGAUCCAAUGUUUCCCAACGUCUUCGACAAAUAUACAUCACCAACUAUCCAUGCUGGACGUCCUUGAAAAGAUCGGAAUAUCCAGGCAUUUUGCUGGUGAGAUCAAGAGUGUCCUGGACUUCACUUACAGUCGUUGGUUGCAGAGAGAUGAGGAGAUCAUGCUGGACACGGAGACAUGUGCCAUGGCAUUUCGUAUCCUAAGGAUGAACGGAUACGACGUCUCAUCUGAUAGCUUAUCACAUCUUACUGAAGCCUCCGUUCAUCUGAAUGAUACGAGAUCUUUGUUAGAACUAUACAAGGUUUCCCAAGUCAGUACCUCGAAAGACGAGUUGAUUCUGGACAGUAUAGGAUCCUGGUCAGGUCGCCUACUGAAGGAACAACUGAGAUCUAGUAAGGCACAAAGAACAACACCACUCCUAAGAGAGGUAGAACAUGCUCUUGAUAGCCCCUUCUACACUACGUUGGACCGCCUAGAGCAUAAGAUGAACAUCGAGAAAUUUGACUUUAUGGAGCAUCAGAUGCUAUGCUUGCCUCGGCAGAGAAAUCAAGACCUGCUAGCUUUGGGUGUCAUGGAUUUCAAUACAAGUCAAAUUGUGUGCCAACAAGAGCUUCAACAUCUCGAGAGUUGGGUGAAAGAUAGCAGGUUAAACCAGUUACCUUUUGCACGACAAAAGUUAGCCUAUUUCUACCUCUCUGCCGCCGGCACCAUGUUGCCUGGAGAGUUAUCCGAUGCUCGGAUUCUAUGGGCCAAGAACGGUGCGCUUACGACGGUCGUUGACGACUUCUUCGACGUCGGGGGAUCAAAAAAUGAAUUGGAGAAUCUCACCACAUUAGUUGAGAUGUGGGAUAAGCACGAGGAAAUUCAGUACUACUCCAAACAUGUAGAGAUUGUUUUUUCUGCAAUCUACAACUCGGUGAACCAGCUUGGAGCAAAGGCUUCUGCUGUGCAGGGCCGCAAUGUCACCAAACACUUUGUAGACAUAUGGCAAGAUUUGAUGAGAAAUAUGAUGACCGAGGUGGAAUGGAGAGAGAGCGGAUAUAUUCCAACACCAGAGGAGUACAUGGAGAACGCGGUUGUUACGUUUGCAUUAGGCCCCAUUGUGCUCCCAGCACUCUACUUUAUUGGGCCAAAGAUUACGGAGUAUACCGUCAGAGAUACUGAGUAUAACGAGCUAUUCAGACUAAUGAGCACUUGUGGGCGUCUCCUGAACGAUGUCCAAACUUACGAGAGGGAGUACAUCGAUGGUAAAAUAAAUAGCGUAUCUCUGCUCGUUCAUCAGAGUGGUGGCUCGCUGACCAUACCAGAGGCCAGGAAAGAGUUGCAGGAGCCCAUAGACACAUGUAGAAGAGACUUGUUGAGGUUGGUCCUCAAAGAAGACAGUGUCAUGCCUAGACUAUGCAAGGAGUUGUUUUGGAAAAUGUGCAAGACAUGCUACUUUUUUUACUACCAAGGAGACGCGUUCAGCUCGCCAGAUGAGAAGGUUGGUGCGGUGGAUGCGGUGAUCCAUGAGCCACUCCAGCUCCCCCUGAAUCUACACCCUGGUCUCGACUUGUCCUGUCUGCAUGAGAGAAAAAAAUGAUUGAGUAUUAAUUUUCCUCAUUUGUACAUAUCAUUGUAGGUUUGCUUUGGUACAUCUCUUUUUAGAAAAACUAACAGAGUGCCCCUCACAAAUGCAAGGGCAUCAUACCUAAUAAGUGUGUUAAACAUUUUAAGUAUUUAUUUUUAUCUCAUGUAGAUAUUUUCUAUUUUUA